UUCCUCCCUUCCCCUCGCCUCCCCUCCCUUCGCUUCCCUUCAACUUGUUUUCAAGAUGCAAGGUGGCGAGGCGCUGGAAGCGCUGCUCUCUGCAGAGGCAGAGGUGUCGCGACUGCAACAGCAGCUGGCAAACCUGGACGCUGCAAUCGACGCCUGCAACGAAGAGAUGGUCUCUGUGACGGGGAAUGAUGCGCUGGUCGUAGGUGGAGGGAGCCGCCAGAUGUCGGCCUUGUCGGCGCGCAGCGACUCCAUUUCUACAGCGUCAUCCACCACCAGACGCCGUGCAACCCAUAUGGAGCGGCUGGCUGCGCUGCGCUGCGAUGACACAAACCAACUCUCCGCCCGCAUCAAAGAGGUUGACCGACAGCUGGACGCCAUCCGCGCCAAGCGCCGUCAGCUCGCAGAGCAAGGCCUGGUUGAUCCGUCGUCCGCGGCCGCGCUCCGCAUCACAUGGAGCCGACCGACACCCAUCCUCUUGGCCAGCAAACGCACCCUGUUGCCGGCGCAGGAGCUGCGUCUGGAGCAUAUUCGUGCAAAGAAGCACGCACUCGAUCGCUUGCACCAGCGACCAUCCCUGCCAAACAUGUCUCGGGCCGCGUACCCAAAGUGGCAGCGGCCCACAUACGAUUUCGUGCGCAGCAUCGUCACAUCGCUGCUGGAUGACCUGCUUGACACCAAAGUGCUGGACAUUCCCCCAGACGUCAACGCAAACUACGAUUCCGCCAUUGCCGCUGCACAACACCUCAAAGUCUCUUGGUGGCUGGCGAAAGAGCUUGAGGAAGAGGUCAUCUCCGAGGCGUGCCGGUCAGUGGCGGGCGAGUUGAUAGCACUGCGCGAUUUCGUGCACACGCAAGUCCGUGUACUCAUGCGCUCCUCCGUCGCCUCCGCCCCAAGCACAGCCCCUGCCGAGCCACGCAGCAACCGGCUGGACCAAGUCAUCGAUGCAAUGCUCAAAGCGCGCUCCCGCUCCUUCUACUGCAUCAAGCACUCCCAGUCCGUCGCGUUCCGCCGCCGUGCCGAUACGACUGCGGCGACAAAGAAGAAGAAGACGGUGACGCUGCAUCCGGCGGCGAAGAGCGACACAGAGGACGAUGUGGAGGCGCUGGAGGAUAGCGAGUUUGUGCAGGCCAGUCAAGACGGCCUCUACCCAGUCGAAUACACAUAUGCAGGCGCCCCCUCGUCGCCGGCAUCCACUACAACUUCACCAACAAAUGUCCUGCCGCUGGCGCCAAACUGGACGAGAGAUCCGUCGAGGGAGUGGCGGGCGGCGUUUGCGCAAUCGCUCGACGUGACCUUCUCGCCGUCUCGAAAGUUUGCAUGCCUGUUGUCCCAGCGUGACCUGGUGGUCAUUCGCUUUGACGGCGGCAAAUUCGGCCACACCCUCACCCACGACCCCGUGCACGCAAAGCCGAUUUUCGUGUCCUGGGCAGAGAAUGAGCAGUCGUUUCUUGUGCUGCACGAUGAUUCUUCGCUCAGCCUCUGGACGUUCAACACAACCGCACACACCCGCUCGUGUGUUGCCAUCACCAUUGCGCAGAUGAUGAAACUGCCAACCAGCUUCGACGGCCUGACGCUGAUGCCGAUUCGCUGCCAUUUCCUUCCGUCGUUUUCACUCCUGGGCGAUCAAACACACGCGCUUGUCAUGUUUGCCAACGGUGACAUGCUGCCCAUUGCAUUGCCCUCCCUGACAUCGCCCAUAACUCCUGCCCCGACAACACCAGCGAGCCGCAGCACCAGCGGGACGCGGAGACGAACAGCAGCAGCAGCGCAGAGCAACUCGAAUAAUGGCAGUGGUGUCCGCGAUGAUGGUGAUGGUGGAGGUGAUGGGGGAGAGCAGACCAACCGUGGCGAUGAUGGUGGUCGUGAGAACACCGGCGGGGAUGGUGCUGAGAGGCUAACACGCAUGCCACGACGAAGCAGCAUCUCCAUCAGCACGACAGGCUUGAAGACCACGCGCACCAGCACUGUUGGGGGCCCGCUCGGCAGUCGAAAGGCAACCAGCACCAUGCAGCAGCAACAGCAACAGCAACAAGGCAACCGACAAAGCGUAAAUCCCUCGCGCUACGGGACGCUUUCCCGCACUCGCGGCAGUCGACAGUUGGCAAACCACCUGUGCCGAGCGCACCGUCACGAUGUGAUGCACUACCACUGGGGUCUGCGCGGGCUGGUCACCCUUGAUCGCGUCGCCCAUCUCUGCAUGUGGCAACUGGAUGAGGAGUUUCUGACAGGAUUUGGAUGGUAUGUGGUGCGACCAAGCAAAGAGUUGAGUUUGCAACUGUGUCGGCUACAGGCCUGGCCAAAAUCCAAACCAGUCACAAAGUUUUCCGACUCGCGGCGUGGGAGCAAGCGUAACCAGACCGCCACGCGGCGCCAGCGCGCACUUGAGCAGUUUGCAGCCAUGAACAUGCCCGACGAGCCCUGGAUUGAGGAGACCCACGGCAGUACCAUCACGAGGACAUUUCGGCCAGCGAAUGUCCAGCAGGGCGACUUCACCUGCGCCCUCCUAACCUUCAAGAACAAGACCCUCAUCAAGUUCCAGACGCAGCAGUUUUCUCAGCAAAACGUCAUCUGCAACAAAAUCAUCGGCACCGUCGUCACGAAUUGCCGAAAACGGGUUGUGAUUGCUGCCCUGUUUUCCGAAUGCUUUCAGUUGCCAAGCGAGAUUGUUGUCUUCAUGAUGGAUCUGGAACAGGACGUGUUGUACCGCAUGUGCACGAUUCCUGUUGACAAGGAGACGUACAACUUCUGCAUCAACACGUGGGACAGUGGACAAGGUGUCCACCUCCUCAAGCAGGACGGUGAUGACUUGCCAGAUGUUCUCGUUCACGCAGGAAAGCAUGCCUACGUCUGCCGUCUUCACAAUGUGCGUCACAAGUGCCGGGCAUUUGCGUGUCUCGUGCCAACACAUGUGCGAAGACAUUUCGCACAUGCAAAGCACUCAUAGCGCGUUCGCGCGCACACCUGCACUUAAAUGCACAUACAUUGAUGAGCACAUGUGGCUCCACCAUCGAUGCUUUCGCUCCUGCCAAUGGCGUAAAGCUCA